AUGGAUGACGUCGAACUCCCUCCACUUCAUUCCUCAACCCACGAGACUGCACCAAGAUUACCACGUUCGCAGACCAUUCUCCUUACUCGUAAACGAACCCAUACCGAUUAUGACGAUGAUACGAUCACAUCGAGUGAUCCCGCUCUCUUCUCAAGCGAUGAGCAUGCUCCGGACGCUGAGAAUUAUCUCUCUGGAAAACGCAAAAAAAAGACCUAUCAAGGCUCAUGGUGGGACAAUCAACGCGUCAAGAUGAGCAAUCCGAAGAAACGUGAGUUUAGACGGAAUUUUGAUUCAGGCGUCUUCAUGGGAAGCGAGACCAGCGACGAGGCUCUGUCGAGCGAUUCUUUCGGACUAGAGGAUGAGUUGUUGCGCGACCAACAAGAAAAGAACCAGUAUUCUCGCGCUUCCCAGUUAUUCGCUACUGAGUCUGUCGAGACUACCACUAAGGCCAAGGCUGCAUCGAGGCCAAUGAUUCCUGUCGCAUCCAGAGAAUAUGAUGCGGUUUGUCAGGUUGUACAGCACGCCCUUGACCGUGGCAAAGAAGAUGUCGAUCUUUCGUGA